UAGGAAGCUGAUGUGUUAUUCCUUCUUCACAUCGAAGGAUCAGGAAGUUUGUGUUGUCUGCGUGGCUAAGAAGUUGUUCUCCUCCUGAGGCAGGGGUAGGGGAGAGGGAACAGGUGCCCUCCUAAAAAAAGCGCGAACGACCGCCCGCGUGCAGCAUAACCCAGAAUUCCUAUCAGGAAACAGGUGAGAAUGACCACUUUAACUCACCGGGCUCGUCGCGCUGAAGUAAGCAAGAACUUUGAAAAGAAGGCAGAAAGUGAGGAAGACUUUUAUCCAGAAAGGAAACCAGAUGUAGAAGACCCUGGAGAUUCUAAGGAUAUACGCCUCACCCUUAUGGAAGAAGUACUGCUCCUGGGGCUAAAAGAUAAAGAGGGUUACACAUCUUUCUGGAAUGACUGCAUAUCAUCUGGCCUGCGAGGGGGCAUCCUGAUAGAGCUGGCAAUGCGGGGUCGAAUCUAUCUGGAACCCCCCACCAUGCGUAAGAAGCGACUGCUAGACAGAAAGGUAUUACUCAAGUCAGACAGCCCAACAGGUGACGUUUUACUAGAUGAAACUCUCAAACACAUCAAAGCGACUGAACCCACAGAAACCGUGCAGACAUGGAUAGAGCUGCUCACUGGUGAGACCUGGAACCCCUUCAAAUUACAGUACCAGCUGAGAAAUGUGCGAGAGCGAAUUGCUAAGAACCUGGUAGAGAAGGGGAUUCUAACCACUGAGAAGCAGAAUUUCCUCCUGUUUGACAUGACCACUCAUCCAGUGACCAACAUGACUGAGAAACAGAGACUAGUGAAAAAACUUCAAGACAGUGUCCUGGAGCGCUGGGUCAAUGACCCUCAGCGCAUGGACAAGCGAACGUUGGCGCUCCUGGUGCUCGCCCACUCCUCCGACGUGCUGGAGAACGUCUUCUCCUCCCUGACAGAUGACAAGUAUGACGUGGCGAUGAAUCGAGCCAAGGACAUAGUAGAACUGGACCCUGAAGUCGAGGGGACAAAGCACAGUGCCACCGAGAUGAUCUGGGCUGUGUUGGCAGCCUUCAAUAAAUCCUAAAGCCAGCAGGCAGGUCUUUCCUUCACCCUCACUGGCUGCUGACUGUCAGAGACCCCAUUCUGAGCUUUGUGUGAUGAGCUGUUUUCACCACUCACUCCAGCCCCUUCUCUUGAGUCAGACGCAUGAUUUGAGGAGAGGAACUUCAGGUCUUCUCCACAGACUUCGGCCACUGUCAGCAGGUUCCGCUUCUCCCUGUACUUCCACUCCAUAGGUGAAUAAACAGGGUGACUCCAUACACACCCAAUAAACACUUUCUUCCAUUUCUUGGCUUAGUUUCAUCCACUGUGCUUUCUGAGAAAUAGGAAUAUUUAAGCAAGAUUUGGGAUAUUCCAGCAGAAUGUGACUGAGAUGAUAAAGAGCAAACCAUUUAUUAUA